AUGCCCAGGAAACGAUCAACAGCCCAGUAUUCGUUUAUAAAGCCACAAAGCACGCCUCAUCCAUCACUAGGCUCUGCCGCCACAUCGACAGCAACACAAUCCAGCUCGUCCAGCCAAAACGCUGCGCCACUCACACCAAGUGUAAAUGAACUGAUCACCUCUUCUCGAUCGACUCCAGUCUCCGUUUCGACACGGUCCCUACUCCCCACGACCCCUUCGUCCCAAACUCUACCUCCACAAAUCCGACAUCUCCUUUCUUUACCCGAGACGUCAGGUCCUCGAGCGAGGCAUCGCACUGGAUAUGCUCCUGGCCGUGGAAACAACCGCGUUGCGGGGCCUGCACCGCCCCGUAGUUGGCUCGAACGAUCGCAAUAUGCUCUGAGUUCGUUGGUAAAUCGGCCGUAUCAACGACUGUACCCUGCCGGGUUGGACCACUUGCCUGGAGUACCAGUCGAGGAUGGGAGUGCGAGUAAGAGCCUUCAGGCUAUGUGCCUGAGAACUAUGGCUCACCAUUGGAACUUCAUCCAGGAAUACGAGAAAAACAACCUAGCGGAUCUUCGCACUGGGUUGAGGAUCCUGCUUCUGAGUAUCAUUGCUGUCCAUGGUCCAGAAGAAGGUGUUGGCUUCGAAGGAUUGAAGAACCUGCUGCUCAUACCAACCGAGGCCCUAGAUGAAGUCGCUGAUUAUGGGGAAAGAAAUGAGGGCCUCUAUCGCCUGGAUCUUUCCGGCUCAGUCGGCCGUUCGAUUUCAUUGAAGCAGCUCAUCCACCUUAUGGAGAAGCCAGUUCAGCUGACCGAGGAAGUAAUGUCCGAACUUUCGUGGGAGGAGAGCAUCGCACUCCCUCUUAGCCCCACCAUUCCUCAUCUAACCCAUCUCUCCCUCUCGCACCCACCAAAAUCCAUCUCUUGGCCAGCACUGCUUACACUGGCCAAACACAUCCCAACUGUGACCCACCUCUCCCUCGCCUAUUGGCCUGUUCCCUCCUUCACACCCAAUGCCACAACUACUGUAGUAUCCUCGAAAUACACCAAAGACAUCCAAUAUGGGGGUACUGACUACUACUCGCACACCCUCGACAACAACUUUCGCGAAGCAGCAAACGUGCUCCGCAAACUUGCAGGCCGGGUCCCCAGCUUGGAGUAUCUUGACUUGAGCGGGUGCACCAGUUGGCUAUAUGCCCUACGCUGGAAUGGCGAAGAUGUAGGAGACCAUGGUAUUGAAUGGGACAGUCAGUGGGUUCGCUUGAACACAUUACGCAUCUAUUCCGGCGUGUUUAUUGAUGAGGAAAGCAAACUUGGCGACGUCAUCGACUUCGUCAAGUGUGCUAAGCAGGUACUUGCCACCGAAGCCAUGCUCGCUUGGUGGACAGGGAAGAGGGAUGGUGUAAAGUUGAGAAAACAAUGGGUAUAUGUUGAGAAGGAUGAUAUCUCGCUCUAUAAUGGGCUCUGGACGGGUGAUGGGCCAGAAGAGAGGGCCAAGAGGAGCGGGUUAGACGCGGUAAAGGCUGAAAGUGAUGCGUUGGGGGAGGUGCACUGGAGGGUGCCGAGUGCUUACACCCAUGUUGAGGAUGUGAGAGCUGCGACUGGUGCUGCGGCUUGGGAUUGA